AUGACGCAACAUGGGCGUGUCAUCUGGUCGCCAGCCCCAUUCUCCGCCAAUGUAAUUAUCGAACCAUGUCUGAAACCCCUAUCAUUUGACCCCAUCAACAGUGUUUCCUCGGUCAGUGGGGAUCCCGAAGUGACGGGACCCACAAUGGACACUCCAGCCGGGGGGAGAUCAGCAAAUGUAUUUUUAUUUUGUCUUACCCUCAUCUGCACACUCCUCAUCUUCCUGGGCAGCGUUUAUUCGCUGGUUUGUCUGCUCAAGACGAGAAACAAGAAUUUCCUGGUGGUCAUCGUGGCUUCGCUUUCUGCAGAUGACCUUCUUUGCGUGGUCGCUUUGUCCAUGUUUAUGUCCAUGCAGUGGGUAAGGGAGAUGGUGCCCAGCUCCCUCUGCACGGUAUCGGCCGUCCUCUAUUUAUUACAGGGGGUCUCCAGCGCUCUCAAGUCCUCACUAAUCGUCUCCUAUAACUACUACACAACCAGGCGAUCCAGACUUCACAAAGGCAGCCAGCGAUCUGUCCCCAUGACCUGGCUCCUUGCGAUUCUUUGGGUCAUUAGUCUGUUAGUGAGCGUCCUUCCUGCCUUUGGGUGGGGCACUUUCAUCCCAACACCUUGGGGCUGCCUCGUCGACCACAGAAGCUCUUACGUGGCACUUCUCUUCGGUGUAUACUCCGUUUGCCUCAUAGUCCUCAUCACGUUCUCUGUCCCCCUCACUUACAAACUGCUUUGCUCAGACGGGCAGCAACAGGGACUGCUCUCUCCCAGUUAUCACCAAGUGACGGAUGGUAUGAAUCCGGCGAGUAACGUGGAGAAUCCCGUGGACAGAACUUUAAGGUGUUUGCAGCCCGAUAGAAACUGGAGCUCGGAUGCAAAGAGUCUGUCUGAUAUGAACAAUUCACCGCAUUGCCAAAGCGGCGGCUUCAAACACAGGAACCCAACAGUCGAGUUCGCCCAAAAGCGCUUUUCCUUGAUUUUAGCUAUGACAAAGGUUGUCUUUUGGCUGCCACUGAUGAUACAACAGCUCAUCCAUCAUAUUACCAAACUUGAGAAUGCGUCCUUCGAAUCUCUGUGUUUUGUCCUGACCUUGCUGGCAACUGCUAUAACGCCAGUGUUUGUUCUGUCUGAGCGAUGGAUUCAUCUGCCAUGUGGCUGCAUCAUCAACUGCAGAAAGAGUGUGUACACAGUCGCCUCGGAGCCAGCCAGGGCGAAACGAAGAGGCUUUGAAUUCAAUCUGUCCUUCCAGCAAGGAUAUGGAGUUUAUAAGAUAUCCCAACCAAACAGCUGCGGUGCUGAAGAAAGCACGUCUCUGUCUUACCAUAAUCUUACCGCCUGCGAGCUUGAGCGCAACAAAUUUGUCCCCGUCCAACUCAAAGAAACUCCGAGCGACGCGAGAAUCGAGAUCAGCACCACCGAUUUGCCGGACAGCUCCCUGCGGGUUUCAACGGACCAGAGCGCAGAGCUGUGCAAAGUCAGCGCGGGUCAGGACAAAGAGAACGGUAACGACCCCGGGAAACCGGUCGCUGGCUCCACCGGCACCCCGGAGGGCUCAGAGCGCAAACUGACUCAGGAGGAAGGGCGCAAGUUGGAGCUGGUCGACUGGGAGUGGUGUCGGAGCAAGUCUGAAAGGACUCCGCGACAGAGACCAGGCGGAUUGUCUAUCCCGCUGUGUGCCUUUCAGGGAAUGGUCUCACUGCACGCUCCGAACACCGGCAAGACCCUCUCCUUAUCCACGUAUGAAAUCAGCGGUGAGGGGCGGAAGAUAACGCCAGUGGCCAAGAAGGUCGAGGUGUAUCGCUCCAAGAGCGUGGGCCACGAACCCAGUGCUGACGACACGCCAGGCAGCCUGGCCGACACUAGUGUCAAAAUCCAUUUGGAAGUGCUGGAGAUCUGCGAGAAUGACGAGGCACUGGACACCGUGUCCAUCGUCAGCAACAUCAGCCAGUCGUCGGCACAGGCCCGCUCCCCUUCCCUGCGUUACUCGCGCCGCGAGAACCGUUUCGUCUCGGUGGACCUGGCUGAGUCGGCCUCCUACUCACUGCUCAUUCCCACUGGCCACUCCGGCAGUGACAUCAGCAUAUCGAUCCCAGACACGGUGGAGGCUCAUAGACAGAACAGCCACAAACAGAACCGUGACAGAUCUGGCUAUCAGGAAGAGAUACAGCUCCUGAACGAAGCCUACAGGAGACAAGAGGAAAUAUCUAAUAACUGUUGA